AUAUUAUACAUAAAAAAGAAAAGAGUGUGUGUGUGUGAGAGAGAGAGAGAGAGAGAGAGAGAUGGAGAUUCAUUCUAUAGAAGAAGAAAGUGAGAUGACACAAGAAAAGUCAUCAAGAAUUAGAAAGGGUGGUUUCAGAACCUUGCCAUUCAUCUUAGCAAAUGAAUCAUUUGAAAAAGUGGCAAGUUAUGGACUACUUCCAAACAUGAUUAUAUACCUCUUGGUGGAUUACCAUAUGAGUUUCACUAAGGGCACAAACAUCAUUUUAAUUUGGUCCGCGGCCACCAAUUUCCUACCGAUCGUCGGAGCUUUUCUCGCGGAUUCAUUUCUCGGCCGAUUCCUCACCAUUUUUCUUGGCUCUAUCAUUAGUCUCAUGGGUAUGAUCCUUCUAUGGUUAACAACAAUGAUCCGUGAUGUAAAACCGCCCCUAUGUGAUCCUCGGAAUCCUUCAACGUGUAAAUCACCAACACCCAUUCAGUAUACUCUUCUUUAUUCAGCUUUUGCUUUUAUGUCCAUUGGAGCUGGUGGGGUCCGCCCAUGUUCUUUGGCAUUUGGGGCGGACCAAAUCGACACAAAGGACGUUACAAAGCGAGAGAGACGGUUGGAGAGCUUCUUUGGAUGGUAUUAUUCCAUGGCUAUUAUGGGGGUCAUGAUUGCAAUUACGGCUAUCGUUUAUAUUCAAGAUCAUCAUGGAUGGAGAGUCGGGUUUGGGAUCCCGGUUAUUCUCAUGUUUAUCUCUACUCUUUCGUUUGUUGUCGCUUAUCCUCUUUACUAUAAGAUGAAGGUUGAAAAAAGCUUGUUUACUAGCUUGUGUCAAGUGAUAUAUGUGGCCUGGAAAAAUAGAAGGAUUGAGCUGCCCAACUCAGUUGAUGGCUCGUGGUAUAACAAAAAUGAUGCAAACGUUACUAAGCCGACGGAUAACUUAAGGUUCUUAAAUAAAGCUUGCACUCUUAGCAUAGCCCACAAUACGACCGAUGCAAUUGCUAAAGAUCAAUGGAUCGUGUGCACGGUAGAUCAAGUCGAAGAGCUAAAGGCACUCAUUAAAGUGAUCCCAUUAUGGUCGUCGUGUAUAAUGUUAUCGGUCGCCAAUAGUCAAACCACAUUUCCAGUCCUUCAAGCUCGAGCCAUGGAUAGACACAUCACGUCGGGAUUUGAAAUCCCCGCAGCCUCAUUCAGCUUUUUCACAAUCGUAUCUAUAAUGGUUUGGGUUAUACUAUAUGACCGGGCUAUCCUCCCUUUAUUAUCUGAAAUACAAGGGAAGCCCGUUUAUAUAAGUGUAAAGUUAAGAAUGGGGGCGGGUCUCGUGUGCUCAAUAGUAGCGCUGGUGAUUUCAGCGAUUGUAGAACACGUAAGGAAAAAUAAAGCGAUUGAAAACGGGUUUUUGAAUAAUCCUCAAGGGGUUAUAAGUAUGUCUGCAUUGUGGCUUAUUCCACAACAUGUUCUAAGCGGGUUGGCAGAUGCGUUGAACAUAAUUGGUCAAAACGAGUUCUAUUAUACCGAAUUCCCUAAGAGUAUGUCUAGUGUCGCCAUGGCACUUUAUAUGCUCGGUGCGGCCUUUGCAAGCUUAUUGGCUAGUCUUUUGCUAAGCACUGUGAAUGAUUUAACAAAAGGGCAUGGAAAAGACAGUUGGGUUUCGACUAAUAUCAACAAGGCUCAAUAUGAGAAGUAUUAUUGGCUCCUUGGUGUUAUGAGUUGUAUAAAUUUAUUGUAUUAUGUUGUAUGUAGUUGGCGUUACAGGUCGUCUGUAGGUAAAACAGUAGUAGAGGGCAAUAAAACUAGUGAUCCGGGCGUUGAACUUGGGUCGACAAGCUAGAAAUUAGGAUCAUAGGUUUGAAGUUUGAACAAUGUAUAUGUUUCAAGCUCUACAUCUAUUGAUGCAUUUGUAGUUUCUUAAAGCGUCUAUCGCUCAAAUGUAUACCGUCAUAUGUCAUUUCAAAUGCAUUGUUUGGAAUGAAUCGGUCUGAAAACUUGUGAUAA